UGCAUCGACAAAAAAACACACUAAACUUAACAGGUGUUAAACCUCAGUUAUGCAUAUUUAACAUGGUCAAAUGAGUUUUUGUUUGAAUUGUCUAAUUGCAUAUUAUCAUAAUAUUAACUUUUUAUAAUUUUUAGAUGUGUAGAGUGUAAGGAUCGAAUGGGGUCACUACGACACCCACAAAGUCACACAAACAAGACAACAAACAAAAUCAACUCACACACAAGUUAUACGUGGAAAACCCCUUCGAUGUGAAGGAUAAAAACCACGGGACCUCUUGAGGAGUCCACCCUAUCUUCUCUUAUUGAUAAAUUGAGGGAAAAAGAAACUCAAAACAGUACACAAAGGUUCACACACCCACCAACAACAACCAAGAACAAUAUGAGAUGAAUUAGAGAGCAAAAGGAGUGAAAUCACCAAAAAUACAGCAUUCUGUCCAAAGACGAUUCUGACCAAACCAAAACUUAAAAGACGAUCUCCACCGUCCAAAAUGAAGCCCUUGAUGUCAGGAACAAGCUGUCAAAAUUUGGGGACGAUCCAACGGUGCAAUUUUCGGCAAACAGCAGUUUUCUGAUGGCUGCCCUCAAAGCUACGAGCACCCUCUUCUCUCUUUUUCUCCUCCUUUCUUUUUUGUGUGUUUUUCUGAUUUUUUUUUUGAUUACAUCAAGCCAAGUAAAAAAAAUAACCCUUAAGCUUCUCUUAGAAGCCACAUAAAUAGGUCCAUCAAUAAAAACCAAAAAAAAAAGAAAAUAUUACCUAAAACAAUACAAGUAUUGGAUAAAUGGGUUGGAUCCAUAACAUAGAGCAAUAUAUAAAUCAUUACAAUAACAAUUGAAUUGCGUAAAAAGUUGAAUAUAAGAAGUAUAGUGGAACGGAAUAUACUUUGUACGAUAAAUUAUUACAAAAAUAGACUUAAUUAGUUUAAUUUUUUAAUCUAUAAUAUUAGGUUUUACACAUGUGCUAAUUAGUUCCCAAUUUUUAAAGUAUAAUACAAAUUGUUUCUUUACUGUUUACAGGUUGGGCAGAUCUAUCCUCUAUUACAAUGAAAAUUCUCAAGUCAAAGAAUCUGAAUUUUGAAUGUUCAAAAAUAAAAUAAUAGUGAAUUGCUCUUUCAAAGAAAGCUACUAAUUAAUUAAACAGUUUAUUAUAAAAAGUCUCUUUAAUUAUCCUGGAUUUAGCCACAACCAAUUACAGAUUACUGAUUUCAAAGAUACUGCUGAAAAAUAGGUUGAUGGGUUUUGGUACUGUACUUCUUUUUGCUUUUUCCAUCACCAUUUCUGCUGUAAAUGGGAACCAUGAAGGAGAUGUUCUUGCUAGCUGGAAAACGAUGCUUAAUGACCCAAAUAAUGUGCUGCAGAGCUGGGAUCCUUCUUUGGUCAAUCCCUGCACUUGGUUUCAUGUAACUUGCAAUGCCGAUAACAGUGUUGUUAGAGUGGACCUGGGCAACGCUGGACUCUCGGGGACUCUUUCACCUAAUUUGGCGCAAUUGAGUAAUCUUGAGUACUUGGAAGUCUAUCAGAACGACCUAACAGGAAAAAUUCCUCCAGAGUUUGGUAAUUUGACAAGUUUGGUGAGCUUGGAUCUUUACAAAAAUCACUUUUCUGGACCAAUUCCUCAUAGUCUUGGCAAUUUGAAGUCCUUAAGAUACAUGAGACUAAAUAGUAAUGCUCUAACUGGUGAUCUACCAGCACAGAUCCUUGAGCUUAUACUGUGGGGUCAUCUUCAAGUCUUGAAUGUUUCAGAUAAUUCAAUGACUGGACGCGUUCCAUCUACUAAAUCAAAAAGAUUGGCCAUUACAACCAUCAUACAAGACCCAAAAGCUUCAUGAACCUGUUAUAUACAGUGCAGUUGAAUCAGCAGCCAUUAUACAGCACCGUACCCUUGGUUCACGGCUGAUUUAAUACUCAGAAGUCAGAACUUCAUCGUGUUAUACUCCUCCGUCUAUUUAAAAUUACUAUUGAAAGAAAUAUUUUUCCUCACAAUAUGUCGCUAUCAGUAGCAUUCUUAUCUUUUUAGCAUGUUUGACUUGUCAUAUUCUUAUGAAAAUAAGUAAGAUUAAAAUUCAACUAAUAAAGUUUGUGUGUUUGAUUAACGAAUUGUUCACAAACUUGAAUACGCGAAUAGACUCUUUAUUUUAUGU